AUCAACAACCCUGGUCGAUUCAGGCAUUGGACAAAUCCUUCCUCGACAGCAUCCAGACGAAACGCACAACAAUCGCGGGGUUUGCGAGAUUCUGGCCUCUUUCGCUUCAUCCGAUUGGAACCGCAAGUUUGCUACGUUGUGGCCGUCGCGACUCCUUCUCCCCCAGGUGUCCCAACUUGCCUUUAAUGCUCGUUAAUGGCAACUUCUUCCUUACUUUGACAUGGCUUUCUCGAUUCCCUAACUUUGUCGUCCGUCCUACGCACGUUUGCAUGACUGAGCCUCUAUGCCAAAUUCGGGAACGAAAAUAGAAGACCCAUGCCAGGAAUGCAGAGAGCGCCACUUGAAGUGUGACGACAACCCCAGGUGCAAACAAUGUGAACGCCUGGGUGGCAGGUGCCGGAGGGGAAGGGGGAAGCUCAAGUUCCGGCAUGGGUCCAGCGCUCGUUAUGAUGAAAACUUCCCAGGGACCCAGACAUGGCUGGCGCAAACCAAGAAUGGUAAGUUUGUGCAACCUGGAAGCAAUCAGAACAAAGCAAAAUUUCAAUUCGUCGAUCAAGGCCCGGAACUAGAAAAUUACUAUUCUCAAGAUGACUUUGCAGUCAACUGUGCCAGACCGGUCGAGGAGGAGCAAAGGCCUGGUACUGCGAGCUUUGAGCCAUACACAAGCCUUGACAGUUCUGUCGAUGCCGGCUUAUCGCCCACAGUGCAUAGUGGACAAUCUUCUGACGUGCCGCCAUUCUUGUCCCCGGCGACUUCAAAUAUUGAGACGGUCCUGGUACGUUCCGCCGAUAGAGACAGCAAGAGACGACGGACCACUGACUCAACUCUAACGCGACAGAGUUCCGGGGCCGAGCAAUGGCAGCAAGGAGUCUACGACCCAGUUCGUGGAUCCAACAGCACACAUACCUACCGAAUCUAUACCACAACGCCUAAAACCUACAGUCCGGUCGCCAUCAACGGGAUCAACUCGAUGGACGAAGGACGUCAUGUUCCGAAGGUGGUGGAAGCCGAAUACCGUCGUCUGGCAGAUUCUGCUGCUGCCAUCAUUCCCGAUGAUUCGUUACUCUCGCCUGCGGUCUGGAAAGAAGACUUUUACUGGCCAAACAUAUACACCACGACACAAUGUGCUUGCCUGAUGCGAUAUUACAUUGAUCAGCUCGCAGGUUGGUUUGAUGUUGGAGAUCCAGGUCAACACUUUGCCCUCACAGUGCCGCAACGUGCGAGGAGGUGUCCUCCACUAUUGAACGCAAUCUUCACUGCUGCAUCACGACAUCUGGUCAACAAUGCAGACUAUAAAUCGGCGGAUGGACUCGUCAAAUACAACAACGUUCCCUUGCCGAAAUUGACCCCGGAAACGGCCGUGAAAUACCACAAUGCUUGUAUUGCCUAUCUCAUCAAACUGUCGAAUGACCCGGAAUACGUCCGCGAUGAAAACCUGCUCGCCGCCACAGUCAUCCUUCGAUAUUAUGAGGAAAUCGACACGACGUUCAUGAGUUCGGACAGCGAGACAUUCCUCCGCCCAUUCCAAGUCUUUGUCAAUGCACAGUCUUCUCCAUACUCACAUAUCUUGGGCACUGGUCAGAACCCCGAGUACCUUCGGCCUGGGAUGGCAGCAGGAAUAUACGAGAACAUGAUGUCAUAUCUAAGGAGUUUCCAGCACGCCGUAUUCCGGAAUGCCCUUCGACAGGAAAUCACUACGUCGUUUCUCAGGCAGCGACCCAUUCGUCUGCCCCUGGAACAUUGGACCAUUCUCCAAGGGUUCGACGAGGUUGAGGAUUUUGUUUGGGCUGAUCGGCAUCUCUUCCACUGUGCGAAGGUAAUGCAGUAUUGCUUCGAAGAUAGCGUGACUUUGCCACACAUGGCGCAAGUCGAGCGAUGGAACACACUCAAGCACUUUGAAACGCAGUGGGAACAGGUCAAGCCCCUCUCCUUUGCACCAAUCCAUUAUCAGGAACCCGACCGGAGCAAGGGUGAAUGUUUUCCUCACAUAUGGCAUAUGGCCGAGAUACAUGUGACAGGUCUGUUGUACCUUGAACUCGCAAAGAUACUGUUGACGGCGUUCAAUCCCAACAGACCACGGCUUGGCCACGGAUCCUCGACGGCGGAAAAGCGUUUCGUGUCAGACUCGCGGGAAUCCCUGAUUCGAAUCUGCGGUAUGGCAAUGUCAAAUCCUCUGUCGAAGCCCGCACUGGUACAGGCGUACAUGGCAGUUGCGGUUUGUGGAGGCCACGUUACCGACCCUGUGGAACAAAAGGCUUUGCUUAAAGUCAUAGACAGAUUGAACCAGGAUCAUGGCUGGCCGAUAGCAAAGACGGUGUUUGAACUGAAGAAGGAAUGGGGAUGGCUGCCCAAAGAAGAAUGAAAUUAACGUCACGGCCUGAUUGCUCUUUUUUUUUGGUUGAUACUACAGGUGGUCAUCAAUCUGAGGAACUCCUCUUUUGGUAUCGUAUACGAAUAGCACACGAUUUCGAUUUGGAACAUAACCGACUGGGAGUAUAUGGAUUGGAUGGCUGGCUUGUUUUAUUUCGAAUGGUCGAGAAGACAAGGGUAUCUGAUUGAUAACAAGAUAUCGGACAUGGAAAUGGGAAUUGAUACCUGGGAUAUGAGGGAUCCAUGGAAUUCGGAAAGGGAAAAUAUAUCCACCGGGCAGGUACAGUAUGUACAAUGAAUACGGAACAUCUUAUUAGGCCGCAGAAGAACAAGCAGAUGACGACAUUGAUUUACGGAUUAUCUAUCACCUCCGAUUUGGAGAGAUACGGGGCUGCUUUACCCCUCACCUUACAAAUACAUCAUGGGCAUCGGAUGCA